GUAAUAAGGACGGACUCGACGUGCGAUUUAACUGCAUUAUAUUGUCAAGUCAACACCAUGUCGUCAACAUCCUCGAGCCCUCGCUGGGCAGCCAUUGCCCGCGAUACCAACGAGACCAAGAUCCAGCUUGCGCUGAACCUGGAUGGCGGUUCCUUUCCUCCCGAGACUGAUUCACGGUUAUCGGCCGCGAUAGGAGGCGAAGGCCAUGCUUCCCAGUCGAGCAAGUCCCAGAUCAUCAACAUCAACACGGGAAUCGGCUUCCUUGAUCAUAUGCUGCACGCCCUGGCCAAGCAUGCCGGUUGGAGUCUGGUGCUAGCCUGCCAGGGCGACCUGCACAUUGACGAUCACCACACCGCAGAAGACGUCUGCAUCGCUCUCGGUACCGCCUUCGCCAAGGCCCUCACCAGCGUUGCCGGUCUCGCCCGCUUCGGCUACGCCUACGCACCCCUCGACGAGGCCCUCUCGCGCGCCGUUGUCGAUCUCUCCAACCGACCCUACAGCGUCGUUGAUCUUGGCCUCAAGCGCGAGAAGAUUGGCGACCUGAGCUGCGAGAUGAUUCCUCACACACUGCAGAGCUUCGCCCAGGCUGCUCGCAUCACUCUGCACGUAGACUGCCUCCGGGGCCAGAACGAUCAUCACCGUGCCGAGAGUGCGUUCAAGGCUCUCGCUGUUGCGAUACGUACUGCCACGAGCAAGGUUCCUGGGAGGGAAGGCGAAGUCCCCAGUACGAAGGGCACAUUGAGUGCAUGAGGGUAACGAUAACAAUGAAUAAACAAGAAAUAAACAUGGCAUGUCAAUUCCGUCGCAGACACCGACAGUCGUCCGAAGUAAUCUGAUAUGGUUAUGUCACUGUGAGCCAAAUCCUCUGACAUUGCGGGAGAGGGGAGAGAGCGAGAGAGAGAGAAAGUAAUCAAAAUUCAGGCAUAAGUAUCUUGUGGAGUUGUUUGCUCGAGUGUACCAAAACGCCAGGCUCUCCUGCGACAGACUGUUCUGUACAACUAUUCCCACGAUGUUCCUAACGCCCAAACUCCACUGUAUACUCCAGGUUGUAUUAUCCAGAAAUUUCAACUGCCAUCCUUAAGCGUCAAUAUUCUCCUUGUUAUGGGACGCGUCGAGACGCCUCUUUUCCGCCUUCCUACGCUCAAUCCGAGCAAUAGCGGCAGCACGUCUUUCGGGCGGCAGCGUCUUAUUCAGUUUCGCUUUC